AACAACAGAUGUUUUAAUGGAGCUCCACACACACACACACACACACGCGUGAUUCUCUGCUGGUUGUGUUUCGUCUCCUCAGAAACUCUGUAUUUCUUCGGAGACAACAAUGUGACGGAGUGGCAGCGUCUGCUGGACCAGUACGAGUCUCCUCCGUACGUCCUGCCUCACACCAGCGCAGCGCUCAGCUUCGGCAUCGCAGGUCCUGGAUCAGGAGUCCCCUUCCACUGGCACGGUCCUGGUUUCUCUGAGGUCAUCUACGGCAGAAAGCGGUGGUUCCUCUACCCGCCGGACAAGGAGCCGCACUUUCACCCGAACCGCACCACCCUGUCCUGGGUGACGGAGACCUACCCACACCUGCCGGAGGAAGAAGCUCCGCUGGAGUGCACCAUCUCACCUGGAGAGGUUCUGUAUUUCCCCGACCGCUGGUGGCACGCCACCCUCAACCUGGACACCAGCGUCUUCAUCUCCACCUUCCUCGGCUGAUCUUCUUCAUCAGCUCAGACUGAAGGAGGAAGAGUCUGUAUCUGAUGUCUGAAGCAGCAGCGUCACAAAGACAAUAUUCCAUUUGUUGCUGUCUCAUAACAUAACAAUAAAAAUGUAUUUAAUGACCAAAGGAGCCAAAGGAGACAUUUGUUCCAGUCUUCUGAGGAAUAAAAAUAUCUGCUGUUAAAA